UUAUAAUAUAUAUCUUUCUCUUUCAGUUCCCUAAGAUGCUAGACCUGGAGCCAUACACUGCUGAAGGUAUUACGAGCCGUGAGAAAGGCCUAGGCCCCUCCUCUCCAUUAAUAUAUAACCUGACUGGGAUAAUAGUACACCAGGGACAAGCUUCAGCUGGUCACUAUUACGCAUUCAUUAAAACAAAGGGGAAAAAUACUUUUAUGAAAGCCACACCCUUGUUACACAAAGCCACGCCCACAAUACCUGAGGAGGAAGAGAUGGAGACUAUACAGCUGCACCCACUCCAGGAGGAGGAGAAGGAGGAGGAGCAAUGGCUCAAGUUUAAUGAUACUUUAGUGGAGCGAUUCAUCAUUGAUGAGUUCACGCUGGAGACUGAGUGUUUUGGAGGCAGUGUUAGGAGCAACUCCUCUGAUCCAGUUCACACGUCCCAUCCAGAGAGUAGAGUGAGGCACUGGAAUGCUUACAUGUUGUUUUAUGAGGCAGCGAAUGAAAUCAAGAAAACACAAGACACUCGUAAAGAACAGGACAGUCCAGUGACUGUUGUACCAACAAUGUCCAGUGAAGAUAAUUUGAGUCAGUUACAAGAGCUGGUCACAAAAGGAGAGAAAAGAGGAGUCUUUAAUGACAACAUUCCCUCCACCAUACAGAGAAGUGUGAACACAGAGAAUCUUCACUUCAUGCAGAACCGGGACGUGUACUGUAGAGAAUAUUUUGAAUUCAUUAGGAACCUCACAUUCUGCAAUGACUCGUUGGCCAAUGUGUCUCUUGAUCCUAGCGGCAAAGAGUGUGGGCGUGUCAUUGUUGAACUAGCGACAAAAUUUUUAUUAUUUACAUUCUUGAGGACUUACAAGGAGCUAAGGUAAAGAG